GUCGCUGACGCCGGCGGGGAGCCGACAGUUGCGAACAGUGCGCGCCGAAGGAAAACGUGUUUCAGCGAGCCAGCUCGGUCACUGGAGUGCAACGCCAGUUCAGGGGCAUGUUUGUGGAGGCGCCGAUCAAGCCCUGGCUGGAUGUACAGCGGGCCACCCUUUUGGCCAGGGAGAAAUUUGGCUUCAACGCCCACACCAUCACUGAGCUAAUCAGCUACGAUGACCGGAACUUCAAAGUGCAGCUGGCUAGGGUGGAUCCUGAGUGGAAGAAGCACCCACACGGAUUUGUGCUCAAGGUCACCAACUGGGUCGAAAGUCAGCAGACAGAAUUUCUCGAGUCUGUGUCUCGGCUCAUGAACGAGGUGAGCGCGCAUGUCCAAUGCCAGCUGCCCGUGCUGUCCAAGGAGGGACGCCACUUCGUCACCGAUCGCUUCCCCAUAGGAGGCCCGGAAAGUACUUUUGUGAAGGAGUGCGCCGUGCGGCUCUUCACCUUCGUGCCUGGGCGCACGCUGAACCGUAGGAAAGUCAACGACCACUUGUGCAUCUCCUGGGGUGACCUCCUUGGAAGAAUACACCGAGCAAUCCAGGAGCCUGAGCGAUACCCAACGCUGCUGAGCCGCUACACUCCGUGGAGCCUGUGGAGCGUCACCGAACUGGUCGGUUUGGUUGACGACACCGUGGACAGUCCCCAGGACAGGGAACUAGUGCACAGCGUGCUUGCGGCAUUCGCCCAACUGGAACCACAUCUCCGCUCAUUGCCCACAGGCGUUCUGCACGGCGACCUGAACGAGAACAACGUACUCACGCGCCCGAAGGGCGACGGGAUUGAGAACGACGAGGAGGUCUACGCUGUACUGGACUGGGGCGAUGUGCACGGUGGACCCCGGGUUCUGGACCUGGCUGUGCUGCUGGCCUACGUGUUCAUGGCUCCCGGUGGCCGGUCGCCUGAGGAAAACGCCGGACUGGCGCUAUCCGGAUACUUGCGACACGUACCCGACGAGGUGUCGACUAUGCCUCUGCUCAGGACGCUGGUGGCUGCCCGACUGUGCCAGUCCGUGGUGAAAGGACUGGAGUCGUUCCGAAAGAACCCUGACAACCAGUACGUACUGUACACACAGGACAGCGGGUGGCGCUGCCUGCGAUGGCUUUGGGAAACUCCGAACGAGCAUCUACUUGGCACAUGGAACCGGGUCAUCGCUGAAGCGCAGGCACUGGUGGACCGUGGAGCAACAUCGACGCGCACAUGAUUUCUCCACGCGCUUAUAAGCGGCACUGGCGUGCAGGGUGUCGAAGCCGUCCCACUGCAACACUUGCUUUUUUCUGCGCAUGAAUACGAACGUGAUUGCAGGAUGGCAUCAGACAAAAAAGUAUGAAUACGAUGCGAUGGAGGUGGCAAUAAAUGCGCAGUGUCGUGUGUGCGUGAGUGACUUUUGUGGGAAAGUGAAGAAAUAUAAUGCUGCAUCCACGAGCUUAUCUUAGAAAAAGUGUGCUCUAUUUCUUA